GACGAGUUGUGGUAGAUGCGUGCGAGUCACCUGACUAGAAAGGCCGAACCGGCGAUUGAGGAGUGAAAAUCUACCGGAAAAAAGAAGUACAGAAGCGCAAUUGAUGAUAACGGGAAAAGCUGUCAGAGAGACAAAUUCGUGUGACGUUAAAGUAAUUGCAUAAGAGAUCACUGUGUUUCGACAUAUCAAUCCAAGUUAUGCCACACUCAGAAGCGUUCUUCCCAGUGUCUUAGGGUCGCCUCUAAUGAGAUAUGUCAAUUACAGGCUAAUGAUGAGAUGUUGUCACACCGUCCAUUCAGGCAUUCUGGAUCACCAGCGUUGCGGUUGCAAAUGCCCCAAUAAAAAGACAUCAAUUGAGGGGGGAUUCUGGUCGAUUUUGCUUUUGGAAAAGUACAACAACGAUAUGUUAUUUGUUGUCAUCAAAUUAAUAGUUUGUUUUCGUGUUUGUGUGUCGGCAGCCUCCACAGCUGGACCUUUAAAUUAGAGACAAUCUCGAAUAGCGUCUUCUUCUGCCUCUUUCUCAUUUAGCUUGGGAUUGAUGGACAAUGUGGACAUUGAUGUUGUCCCGCACGUGAGUUCCUGCUAUAUCUGGUGACUUGUGCUGUAAUACUACUGAUGCGAUGAUCAUCAUGCUUAAUUGGUACGACGCUCCCACUGCCCGGCCAGACACGCGAGCGAGCGAGGGCAGGUGAUGACAGGACUGGUGUGCACAGUGACUGUCUUGUCCUACAGUAGGCGGGUGGACUGGAUAUAAAACAAUAAGCGCUAACACAGCUGAGCGCAAAUGUCUUCGGACUGCUGAAACAGUUGACUCUACUAACGACCAUGUAUAUAUGACUGUUCUUCCAAUCAGAAAAGGAUCUAUUCUUCCGUGCCUGUUGAUGCUGUGGUACAGUUUAUGCGGCUGUGACGACAGGGAAGUGAUAUAUUUCAUUCUAUUGCAAUCGCUCGUGGUCAUUCUGAAAAUUUGUUUGAAACGAAUCUUUUGUUUUUACAUUUUGAACUGUUUUAAAAACAAUAUUUGCAAGCACAUCCAUGACAGCUGGAUACACUUGAUUGCAUCCCAAUGGCAACUUCGCCGAGUCUCUCUCUAUUAAGCGCAAUAUCAGGAAAGCAGCUUUACGGCAAAUAACUAGAGGAUAAGACAGGAUAUUCUUGAGCAUCCUGCAGUUACAUCCUAGGACCAUCAGUUCAGAGCAGCUGCAGGUUCAGCUAGUGUGAAAGACGGAACUGUGAUCACGGUAACUGUGGAUACUGGCAAGAAGGUCGGAGUCGUACUAUAGUACAAUUCAGAUUCCGAUGGAGCAUUUUUUGAUCAUCGUUCACCUAAUGCUGUUUCUGGUGCUUUCAAAUAUGCCCACGAUGUCUUCCAUACGUGCACUGUCUUCAAAUUAUGAAAGAGACAUCGGCAUCUUCCUGAGAAAGGAUGCAAUUCGUCACAUGUUGCCCAAGACCGAUGAUGCCUUGUCGACAAAGAGUAGUGCACUUCCGAACAAGAGGAAGGCUGUCAUAAGUCGACGCUUCAGGUGGACCAACAAGACAAUUCCAUUUCAACUACAGCAGGGACAAUUCACCAGACGUCAGCUGCAUGAUCUAAAGACUGCAAUGGGGAUGUAUACGAAUGAAACAUGUCUAUCAUUCCGACCCGCCACAUGGAUGGAUGUUGACAAGCUUUUCUUCAAAAAUGGACGCGGAUGCAGUUCGCAAUCCAUAGGAAUGGCCGGAGGAACACAAACUAUAAAUCUAAGUACAGAUGGAUGUCGAUCGAUAGGGAUGUAUCUACAUGAGUUAGGGCACGCCGUAGGUCUCCUCCACGAACACCAACUCCCCGGUAGAGACGAGCAUAUACGGAUCAACUGGCAAAAUGUCCAACCAUCAAUGCGACGAUGGUUUGAUAUAUACAGCCCACAAGAAGUAGAAAAUUACGAUAUACCAUAUGAUGUUACGUCCGUCAUGCAUUAUGGGAUAAAGUCUUUCAGUAAAGAUGACUCCGACACCAUUACAACUGUUGACCCUGCUGAUAGAGAAAAAGUAGGAGAAAUAUACUGGAAGGUGUUAUCAUUCACUGACGUCAAAGUUGUUAAUCUCAUGUACAACUGUUCUGAUCAUUGUCCUUCACACAUCACGUGUCCUCCGGAAGGCUUCCUCACCAAAAACUGUCAAUGCGUCACACCGCUAACUUACCACGAGGCGCAUUGCUCAAAUAGUUACGAAAAUGAAACGAUAUGCUACCGUUUUAAAUCCAUCGGACUUUGUGACUAUACCCCGGAAUGGAUGAGUGAAAACUGCAGAAAGGCUUGCAAUCGGUGUCCAGGUUUUGGAGUCUAAUGAGACCUUACUGGUGUAACCUUAUACUUUUUCCGCGCCCUUGACCGAAUGCGCGUUACUUUUAGAUGUCCAGGAGUUACUAAUCUGCCGCCGACUUGUUAAUGUCCAUGUUGGAUUUUUAGUGUUACUAUUCUGGCCUGGUACUUGACUUUGUGCCAAGAGUAAUCCAUUCUCUAAGCACAUCGCAUCGACGGGUAUUCUAAUGAGUCCCGGCCAACUGCGCAGGAGUUAGCCCGAGGCCCCACGUACCGUGAUAGCGCUAAAUCGCCCACUGCCAGACCAGAGAGUGCCGGUCGAGUCCCCUUUACGCAGGAGUCUGUAUUAUUAUCAUGCUACUUAUUUUUGCAUCAACAUAGAUUGUUUUGAAUGAUAGCCACCCGACCAUGGAAUAAGUGGGGCUCUCUGA